AUGGCCAACAGGGGACCUGCAUAUGGCCUGAGCCGGGAGGUGCAGCAGAAGAUUGAGAAACAAUAUGAUGCAGAUCUGGAGCAGAUCCUGAUCCAGUGGAUCACCACCCAGUGCCGAAAGGAUGUGGGCCGGCCCCAGCCUGGACGCGAGAACUUCCAGAACUGGCUCAAGGAUGGCACGGUGCUAUGUGAGCUCAUUAAUGCACUGUACCCCGAGGGGCAGGCCCCAGUAAAGAAGAUCCAGGCCUCCACCAUGGCCUUCAAGCAGAUGGAGCAGAUCUCUCAGUUCCUGCAAGCAGCUGAGCGCUAUGGCAUUAACACCACUGACAUCUUCCAAACUGUGGACCUCUGGGAAGGAAAGAACAUGGCCUGUGUGCAGCGGACGCUGAUGAAUCUGGGUGGGCUGGCAGUAGCCCGAGAUGAUGGGCUCUUCUCUGGGGAUCCCAACUGGUUCCCUAAGAAAUCCAAGGAGAAUCCUCGGAACUUCUCGGAUAACCAGCUGCAAGAGGGCAAGAACGUGAUCGGGUUACAGAUGGGCACCAACCGCGGGGCGUCUCAGGCAGGCAUGACUGGCUACGGGAUGCCACGCCAGAUCCUCUGA